AAAAAGUUCACACUCACACAGAUGCCACCACAAGUAGCCACUCACAACGUCUUAGAGCUGAACGAGGGAGUAACUGGGAAUAACCUGGUAGGAGGACAGGUGGAGCAGCACGGAUAUUUGAUCACUAUUCUUCCCUUUUUCGUGACUUUCUUUUUUCUGUUGCCGUUAUUGUGAAUAGUCUGGAUCAACUAUUUUAAAUAAUACUUAACUUUUUUUUGGCUGAACUAGCAGGACUGAGGCCUGAACUGGUGUAUUUUGUGUUUUAUUAAAAGACGCACAGGGCGAACCGGUGUGCCAAAGGAGCAACAGGCGCACAGACAGACAGGGAACUUACGUUACAUAUAUACAUAUAUAUAUAUACACACUCAUCUGCUUAAUGAUCAGCCAAUAAGAAGUCAAAGGCGUCCUGACGGAGUAUGGCCUAACUUUUAAUGCAGGAAACGCGCGUUUGGCUGCUGAUGGAUUUACGUGAAGGAGCGCACCAAGAGCGCGUAAAGUUCCCAGAAACUGAGAGAAAAUAAAACGUGCGCCUCGCUGCUGCAGCUCUGGUGCUGUUGGAUGUGUGGACACUGUCGGGGCCGCUGACAGUCGCUGCAUUAACAACAGCUGUCAAACUCAUGGGACCCUCCUGCCCCCCGGGCCACUAGGAGCUCCGCUGAGGUCUCCACUGCGCAUGUCAGAGCGCUGGACAGCUCCAGAGAGGGAAAUUUAAAAACGGUUUUUGGAGAAUCAAGUGCAGCACGGACAAAUACAGUACAGGGGCUCACGACCGGCUCUCACCUUCUUCAGUAUCACCCAAAACAGCAGUACUACACAUCCCAGGAAAUGAUAGAAGGUGGAAUAACUUCCAGGAUGUCAGGAAUAAUUGAGAAUGCAGGGCAUCAUCCGUCUCCACAGGACUACAGGCUUCUGACCACGGACCCCUCCCAGCUGAGGGAGGAGGACCUCCCUGGGGACCUGCAGUCUCUGUCAUGGCUCACCUCUGUGGAUGUGCCCCGGAUACAGCAGAUGGCUGAUAGCAGAGGCCACAGCAACGCCCCCACCCAGGGCAGCUUGCUGGAGCAACAGACAGCUCAGCUGAGCAGCAUGACGAUGUCGGCGAGUCAGGGCUCCAUGCUCCACCUCCAGAGUAACAUGCAGCACAGCCCUCUGGGAAUCAGCAUCAUCAACACCCACAGCGGAAGUAUGUCUCCAUUCUCCAUGAAUGGGCUGCCCUCUCCAGGAUACCAGUGCCCUACCUCAGUCUACCAGCCCACACCCCAGCAGGUGUACUCUCUAACCCAAACUGGACAACAGUGUUCCACUGGUGGGCUUUAUAGCAAUGUCUCUUUCAACAACCAAAGUCUUUUCACACAACCUCGUCUGGCUCCACAAGACCAAGAGCUGCAGCCCAAGUCUUUCCCCAAACCAAUCUACUCCUACAGCUGUUUGAUUGCCAUGGCUCUGAAGAACAGCAAAACUGGCAGCCUCCCAGUCAGUGAGAUCUAUAGCUUUAUGAAGGAACACUUUCCUUAUUUUAAGACUGCACCUGAUGGAUGGAAGAAUUCAGUCAGACACAACCUCUCCUUAAACAAAUGCUUUGAGAAGGUGGAGAACAAGACAAGCAGCUCGUCCCGUAAGGGCUGUCUGUGGGCACUGAACCCUGCCAAAAUUGACAAGAUGGAGGAGGAGAUGCAGAAGUGGAAGCGCAAGGACCUCCCAGCCAUUCGCCGCAGCAUGGCUAACCCUGAUGAGUUGGACAAACUGAUCACAGACCGCCCAGAGAACUGCAGACGAAAGGCUUUAGAGCCAGGAAUGACCCGGCUGCCCAGCUGUCCGACUGGCCUCCCGCUGCCGGUCCCGGCCCAGAUGCAGCCUCAGCCCAUAGUCACUCUGUCCCUGCCCUGUUUACCAAUGCACCAGCACCACCAGCUCCAGGCCCAGCUCCAGGCUCAGGCCCGCCUGGGCCCCAUGUCCCCUGCCCCGGCCCAGACGCCUCCCCUCCACACAGUCCCUGACCUCUCUCACAGUCCGCUCACCCAGCAGCCCGGCAAGCCUCCUGAUGAUUUCUACAGCGUGCACGGUGACACACACACAGAGGUGGAUGCACUGGACCCGAGCAUCAUGGACUUUGCCCUUCAAGGUAAUCUGUGGGAGGAAAUGAAGGACGACAGCUUUAACCUGGAUGCUUUGGGCACCUUCAGUAACUCACCCCUGCGACUAUCAGACUGUGACUUGGGGACAGCGAGCCUCCCUCCUGCCUCCAGCGGAGCGAACCUGCAGCUGUCAGAUGUGCAGGUGACAGGGCUCUACACCUCCUACACUUCCCAGGAUCCCCUGUCCUCCCAGUACAUGGGCGCACCAACCAACAGCAAGCCCAUUGCCCUGCUUUAAAGCAGCUGAACAUGAUUUAUUCCAACUGUCUGUGGAUAUCUGUGGAUGCCAACUGAAGAAGUCUGGUUUCUUUUGUGCUACUGGAGAACUACUUGGAGAAAAGUGUUUGAAAAUCAUUUCACAUACAAGGAAACUGCUUAUCAAGAACUAAAACUGCUGAUAAAUAAAGAAGCAGCUGUAAGAAACACUAUAUAAGACUUCAAGUAUCUAGCUUUGCCAAGCAAAGACUCAAAGCCUGUAUGCGUACAAAGACUCUAUGUGGAGAAUUACGUGUAAGUUAGCACCCGCCAGUUUUUCUACUCUUCACUCUGCGUUUUAAAGCCUUUCCAUAAUGUAGCUCCCAUCUCUUGUCUGUUGUAUUGUGCUAGACAUUAUUGCUGUGAUGUUUUAUUUAUAUUUAUAAAAGGCAGCUGGAGAAAGUGAUGACUCUAUCAAUCUUUUGCUGUAUAUAUUUGAAUGUUUCGAAUCGCUAUCACUACAGAAAAGCUUUUGUUUUGACUGCAUUUACCCACAUCAUUUCAAAAUGCAAAAGUGUGCCAACACCAGUAAUCCAGAUUUUACAUACUAUUCCUCUACACAUGGUGAUUAACAUGCCUCAGAUGUAUAUUAUGUUCAUUACCUUGAUCAUAAUAAAAAUCCGUUGGGUAAAUAAA